AUGUCCAGACCAACCCACGUCAUUACCCCGGUCCGUCCUCAAGACGUGGCUGAAAUCGGGCAGCUAAGUUCAGACGCUUUCAUGAAUGACCGCCAAACCCAGAUGAAGAUGCUCGGCAAGAGGCCGUAUGACAUGAAGGAAAUCACGCUCAGCAGCCUACCAGGCAUGCUGGGCAACCCGCGCUGCGUCGCCGUCAAGAUUACAGACGAGGAGACGGGCAAAAUCAUGGGGUUUUGCAACUGGGGGUUCCGAGGAUUUCAACCUGAAGAGAUUGCAACCUUCGGGGGCGAGCCGCCCCGGCAGCCGCCCACGAACGAGACCGAGGCCGGGACAGAGUCCCAGGACAAGGACAAGGGCAAAGCCUACGACGGGCCGAGGAGCAGCGACUCCGAGGCGGAGCCGGAAGACGAUCCCAUCUCGAGAUUGCAAGCUCUAACAGGCGGCGACCUGGAGAAGUGGAUGGAACACAUCAUGCCCCAAGGCACCAGGUGCAUCUUCGUCAUCGGCCUGGCCGUUUCGCCCGCGUACCAGGGCCGGGGUGUCGGAAGCGCCCUAUUACGCUGGGGCACCAGCAUCUGCGACAAGGAGCAGGUCUUUGCGUGGGUUCACUCCUCGGAGAUGGAGUGGCCGAUGUACGAGAAGAGCGGGUUCCGAGUGGCCCGGGUCCUCGAUGUUGAUUUGGACGAGUAUGCUCCGGCGCCCCCUCCGAACAAAGGACCCGGUUCCCAAUGGGGCCAUUACAUGUUUCGCUACAUGACGUACGUUCCGGGGCGAUACCAAGCACGAACAAGGUCCGGCGAGUAG